AUGUCUAUCAUAGCCCUCUCGUGGCUGCCAAUCCGCAACGAGUCGGUUGUGACAUUCGCGUUUCUGCAGCACAAUCUCUUUAAAGCGCUCGGUGUCAGCGUUAGUGGUUACCAGAAAUUUCUACCUGAGUUGCACCCAUAUGCAAAAAUGAUUCAACAGUAUAGAGAGAAGAAUGAAGUUGCCAAAGACAUUGCCGAAUACAUACCGGACAAUGCUGGUAUCAGUACGGCGUCCAGCGCGUUUAGCUCACCCUUGUUGAGAACGUAUGUUGGUCUUGCAGUUUUUGCACUGGCCUCGUUUGCCUCGGAUCCGGGCUCUAGGUUCCAAUACUUUGGUCUUGCAGUCCUAUUUCCAGGAGGCGGUUGGAUUGGUCUCGGCGGGUGGUGGACACUGGCCUUUGUCUUCAAUUUCAUCUUCUUUCCUGUGAGCCUGUUUCUCUGGUUCGCAACCGGCAACAUCAUCCUGCCAUUCCUGGCCUGGCCAGGGCAAGCACUGAUUUUCCCAAUCCUACCGAUCGAGUCAAGAACCCGAUACAGCAUUGUGCUUGUGCCUCUUAUCAGCUGCAUCAGCAUUUGGUUCAUCUACCGAUUCCUGCAGGAUGAAUCGAGCACAAUUCGCCGAAGACGCCAGGAGAGAAAUAGUUAUCUACCCACAACCAUCCAGGAACUAACUUCCACGGCUGUGGCCAACAAGUCCUCGGCCGAGCUCGAACUGCAACCAGAAGAGCUAGCACAGCUUCGACACAUCUUGGAGGUAGCGUUCCAAGAAAAGGAUGACUGGACCAAUUUCAACGAGAUUGAUCAAUUCCAGACGUCGUCGCUGCGGUACCAGUUAAACGAAAUUUCAUAUGUGCUGGCCCUGGCAAAUAAGCUGUAUACACCUUCGUUCCGUGGUAGCUAUCUUCAGGAUGCACAAAAAAAGGUGCUAUACAAGUACUGUCAGAAGAAAGUACUCAACUAUUGGAAGUGGGAAUGCCUCUGGGGUAAACUAACCACCGACUAUGAGCCUGUGAAAAAGGACAACAUCAUGCUGACGGGAUUUUGCCUUCUUGCCAUGUGCCUCUAUGAAAGUGCAACGGGCGACACCACCUUUUCUCAAGAUGAUGCUGUCGAACUCGUUAUUGAUGACAGCCAUCGGUAUAAACAUUCGACCAAGACAAUGGCACAGGCUUUGGUGGACAACUUCGGUACCUCAUCGUAUUGCUUGUAUGCGUGCGAGCCGAACUGGAUUUACACCUUCUGUAAUCUAACCGGGCUCAAUGGGUUGUUAGCCCACGAUCAUAAUACGGGUCGGAAAGAUGUAGAGCAAGUAUGGGACUCAUUUCACAAAGGAUUGAUAGAGGAUUUCCUGGAUGAAAGCGGCAGCGCACAUCCGAUUCGAUCCCACCUAACAGGACUUCGUCUUCCCAAUAUUAUUGGGGCGGCCAACGAGUUCUCAGUUGCCUGUCUAGCUGGAGCGAAUUUUCCGAUUCUAUCCCUGCGAUGCUACGCCAUCGCCCGUCAUGAGUACAUGGAAUUUGACUCGCAGUCGAAGAUCUCAUUCAAAAACAUCUACAACGGAGACAGGCUAGAUCCGGGGAAUUAUGGAUCUUCGAUGGCCUUGGUCUUUGCUUCUAGCCUGAUGGCAGCACAUGAGCAUGGGGACGAGGCUGUCGCUCGUCAGGUCACUACCAUGAUUGACAAUGACCCGGCACUGAAGCGCACAGAAAAGAACGGCAUAGUCUGGUACGACGGAGCUUCGUUGUUCAUGAGAUGUCAACUUCUACGCGCUCGUCUCUGGUUGAGGUCUGGCUGGAGCCAGUUUCUGCAGCCGGUCGGUGAUGCCGUCAAGCGUGGUCCCUAUCUCGCCAAUGCUAAAUACCCUGAGGUGCUUGUGGCAAAAGCCAUUUCGCACACAGGAGACGACUUGGAGCUCGUGUUAUAUCCUGGGUCCGAGAAGAAGACUUCUCUGCUCAAGAUAGAGCAGCUGAGACCUACUUCGACAUACCUGAUAAACCACGGUGACGCAUUUACUUCUGAUAGCAAGGGCAAGGCCGACAUCUCCGUCGCACUAGAUGGCCGAACGCCGUUGAGGAUUGUCCCCGCAUCUUAA